AUGGGGAAAUACUUCCACCUGUACGAGAACAUCUCCAAAGUCAGUCCCUUCGAGGGGCCCCAGUAUUACCUGGCCCCUACCUGGGCCUUUUACCUGCAGGCUGCCUUUAUGGGAUUUGUCCUGUUUGCUGGCACACCUUUAAACUUCGUUGUUCUCGUGGCGACGAUGAAGUACAAGAAGCUCAGAGUUCCCCUCAACUUCAUUCUUGUCAACAUCUCCUUCUCUGGCUUCAUCUUUGUCACCUUCUCCGUCAGCCAGGUGUUCUUAGCCUCCAUGCGAGGUUACUACUUCCUGGGUCACACGCUGUGUGCUAUGGAGGCUGCCGUGGGCGCAAUUGCAGGUCUGGUGACCGCCUGGUCUUUGGCGGUGCUUUCCUUUGAGAGGUACCUGGUCAUCUGUAAACCAUUCGGAGCCUUUAAGUUUGGCUCAAAUCACGCUCUGGCUGCAGUGGCCUUCACUUGGUUCAUGGGGGUUGGCUGUGCCUGCCCACCUUUCUUUGGCUGGAGCAGGUACAUCCCUGAAGGUCUGGGCUGCUCCUGUGGACCCGACUGGUACACUCACAACGAAGAGUACAACACGACCAGCUACAUUUACUUCCUGUUGAUCACCUGCUUCAUCAUUCCUCUUACCAUCAUCAUCUUCUGCUACUCCCAGCUGCUGGGUGCUCUGAGAGCAGUUGCAGCCCAACAGGCUGAGUCGGCCUCCACCCAGAAGGCGGAGAAGGAGGUGUCAAGAAUGAUCAUCGUUAUGGUGGGGUCCUUCGUCACCUGCUACGGCCCGUACGCCCUGGCAGCUCUUUACUUUGCCUACUCCACAGAUGAAAACAAAGACUAUCGACUUGUCACCAUCCCGGCGUUUUUCUCUAAGAGCUCCUGCGUCUACAACCCGCUCAUCUACGUCUUCAUGAACAAACAGUUUAAUGGCUGCAUCAUGGAGAUGGUGUUUGGAAAGAAAAUGGACGAAUCCUCUGAAGUUUCCACAAAGACUGAAGUGUCCACAGCUUCUUAAUGCUCACACCAAAGUGACACUGAGGACUUUUAAAAGGGCGUGACUGAGCUGAAGAGGACUUUCACAGGUCAGAGUUUGGAGGACGAAUGUUUCCUGUAUACUCAUCGUUACAUGUAAAUACAGUUUAUACGUACACACGAUCAGCUGAUAUCUAUGUUCCUGUAGAACAUACGUGUUUAGAUAAAAGGCAAAAAUAAACAUUAAAAACAAUGAAGCGUCUUUCUUUAGACUUUCUGAA